GUGAUUGGGCAGCAUGGGAUCAAUUAGGCGACCUGCUCCAUCUUUUGGAUUAAAAAAGUCCAUUAGCAAGCUGUAUAUAUUUGUACUUGCUACUUUCUCUUUGGCUGGGGAACCAAUUGACUAGUUGUUUGGAGUGGCGGUUCCGUAUUUUGCAGAGAUUAAGCAUAAAACAUUUUACAAUGUGAUCUACUUCCUAAAGUGAUGUAAUGCUGUGUAUUUUAUAUAUAAAAAAGUUAAUGGCUAGUCAUGGAUUUUGCCUUCCCCAGGUUGGUCAUAUCAAAGUUUUGGUGUAAAGACGAACUAGGAUGAAGAAUUUCAGAAGAGUUAUAUCUAUCCACGAAAGAUUGGUCAACAAAUGAUAAACCUGAAAAUCAAAGCUUAUUGCAUUACAAUAUUCCACAGCAAUUUAUCAGCUACCCAGAUCCACCAUGGCCAUGUGCUAAUUCCUACUUGCUCCUUUUAUAAAUUAAAAAAAAAAAAAAAACCUGAAUCCUAAUGUAGACAGAGCUGGUUGCACCUUUUUUCGCGCCAACAUCAGCAAAUUAAAUAAAAUUAAGCUGAAACAACCGACUUCUUUCUUCUUGUUUACCUCGUACAACUUUGGUCAAUAUUUUAAAUUCCAACUUCCAUUCUAUGAAUUGCUUAAGUUUCUUUUAAGACUUGUUAUAUUUCUGUCGUUCCUUGGAAGAUCAGUUGUAUUCUAUGUAUAAGCAUUUUAUUGUCUUUUCAGAAAAUUGAUUUUUUUUUUUCAUGAUCUUUGUUGAUAAUUGUUGUUUAAAUUUCAGUAGCCGGAAUUUGAGCAAAUUUGGGAUAGUUUGAGUAUUCAUGGCAAGUACUUUGCUACAUGGGAUUCUUCAUGUGACAAUCUACGAGACCGAUAAGCUCUCAGGGAAGUUUUCCAAGUCACUCAGAAAGAUUGAAGAGGCUCUUGGAAUCAGAAAAGGUUUUUCAAAACUCUAUGUAACAAUUGAUGUAGAAAAAGCAAGAGUUGGGAGAACUAGAAUUAUAGAAAAUAAACACUCUCAUCUGCACUGGAAUGAAUGUUUUCACAUCUACUGUGCCCACAUGGCUUCUAACAUCAUAUUCUCUAUCAAAAAAAAUAAUCCUAUAGGAGCAAAGGUUAUUGGAAGAGCUUAUUUUCCUGUUGAAGAACUGCUAGAUGGAGAAGAAGUUGAUAGAUGGCUAAAGAUCUUGCAUAAUGAUCAUAAACCUCUACACAGUGGUUCUAAAAUCCAUGUGAAAUUACAGUUUUAUGAUGUCACUAGACAUAGUAACUGGAACAGAGGGAUCAGAAGUUCUAAAUUUCCAGGGGUUCCUUACACAUUCUUUCCCCAGAGAAAUGGUUGCAGAGUCACUCUUUACCAGGACGCUCAUACCCCGGAUAAAUUUAUCCCCGAAAUCCCUCUUGCUGGAGGGAAGUUUUAUGAACCGCAGCGAUGCUGGGAAGACAUUUUCGAUGCGAUAACCAAUGCGAAGCACUUGAUUUACAUUACAGGCUGGUCUGUGUAUGCUAAGAUCACCUUGAUAAGGGACUUGAGGCGGCAAAAACCAGGAGGUGAAAUGACGCUGGGUGAGCUGCUUAUAAGGAAGGCCAGUGAAGGUGUCACAGUUUUAAUGCUAGUUUGGGAUGACAGGACUUCAGGUAAGUUACUGAAGCAUGAUGGGGUGAUGGCUACACAUGAUGAAGACACUGGAGCUUAUUUUCAUAACACUGGAGUCCAUUGUGUUCUAUGUCCACGGAAUCCUGAUAAUGGCCGGAGCAUUGUUCAAGGCCUGGAGAUCUCCACCAUGUUUACUCAUCACCAGAAGAGUCUAAUUGUGGAUAGUGAAAUGCCCAGUGGAGCAUCAAGUAAAAGAAGGAUAGUAAGUUUUAUUGGGGGCAUUGAUCUUUGUGAUGGGAGAUAUGACACUCCUUUUCAUCCCAUUUUCAGGACAUUGGACUCAGUUCAUCACAAUGAUUUUCAUCAGCCCUGUUUUCCAGGUGCCUCGAUCGCAAAAGGAGGACCGAGGGAGCCUUGGCAUGAUAUCCACAGCAAAUUGGAAGGACCCAUUGCCUGGGAUGUAUUGUUCAAUUUCGAGCAACGGUGGAGAAAGCAAGGCAGGAAAGAGUUACUCAUUAAACUAAAAGAACUUGAUGAUAUAUUCAUACCUCCAUCUCCGGUAAUGUUUCCUCAAGACCAUGAUACAUGGAAUGUGCAGUUGUUUCGCUCCAUUGACGGUGGGGCAGCUUUCGGCUUUCCAGAAACUCCUGAGGAUGCAGCCAGGGCGGGGCUGAUCAGUGGGAAGGACAGUAUCAUCGACCGAAGCAUUCAGGACGCAUAUAUCAAUGCCAUUCGAAGAGCAAAGGAUUUCAUCUACAUUGAAAAUCAGUAUUUUCUUGGAAGCUCUUUUUGCUGGAAGUCAGAUGACAUUAAAGUUGAGGAAGUGGGGGCAUUGCAUCUUAUACCAAAAGAAUUGUCACUAAAAAUUGUUAGCAAGAUUGAAUCAGGAGAGAGAUUUACUGUCUACAUUGUCAUUCCAAUGUGGCCAGAGGGUAUCCCAGAGAGUGCUUCUGUUCAAGCAAUACUAAAUUGGCAGAAAAGCACGAUGGAGAUGAUGUAUACUGAUAUAGCUCAGGCCCUUCAAGCCAAGAACUUGGAAGCGAACCCGAAGGACUAUUUGUCCUUCUUUUGCCUGGCAAAUCGUGAAAGCAAGAAGAGUGACGAAUAUACACCUUCAGACAGACCUGAGCAUAAAUCAAAUUACUAUAGAGCUCAAGAAGCCAGGCGGUUCAUGAUCUAUGUUCAUGCUAAGAUGAUGAUAGUUGACGAUGAAUAUAUUAUCAUUGGAUCCGCCAAUAUCAAUCAAAGAUCAAUGGAUGGCGCCAGGGAUUCAGAGAUUGCCAUGGGAGCAUACCAACCAUAUCACCUGUCGACCAAACAGCCAGCCAGGGGUCAGAUUCAUGGCUUCCGAAUGGCUUUAUGGUAUGAGCAUUUAGGCCUACUCAAUGAGUCGUUUCUCCAGCCUGCCAGUAUGGAGUGUGUUCGAAAAGUGAACGAAAUUGCAGAGAAAUACUGGCACAUCUACACCUCCGAGACUGCAGACCUUUGCUUGCCAGGCCACUUGAUUAGUUAUCCCAUCAGUGUUAACAGGAGUGGGGAGGUGACACAUCUUCCAGGGACACAGUUUUUCCCGGACACUGAAGCCCCAAUUCUCGGUUCUAAAUCUGAGAUCCUUCCUCCAAUACUCACCACUUAAUUCCGACACCCAAUUGUUGGAAAAACAAAUUGUUUGAUCCUGUCUUCUCUUCCAAUUGCAAAUUAAAUGGCUGGAAUUGGUUGGUAAUAAGUUUCUUGUGGUCAGUA